AUGAGUCAGUCUUCUCUGGACUACUUUUCUGCUCCUCAUUCAUUCAAUUAUGAUCAGCCUUACUCUUCAGUCCCCAGAGGCACUGUCAGCUUUGCUGAGGUCACACCAGCCAAGAAAAUUACCUUCUUUAAAAGUGGAGACCCUCAGUUCAGUGGCGUGAAGAUGGCCAUUAACAAUCGUACUUUUAAAAGUUUUGAUGCUCUCCUUGAUGACCUUUCCAGCAAAAUUCCUCUUCCCUUUGGUGUGCGAAACAUCACCACCCCUCAAGGUACUCACUACAUCAACAAGCUGGAGCAGCUGGAAGAUGGGGGGUGUUAUCUUUGCUCUGAUAAGCGACACAUGAAACCCACUAACAUUGUUUCUACUGGACAUAAACCAUUUACAUGGCAGGGCAGUCACCCACUUACUGGAAAGCAACGGACACCACGAGUAAGCAAACAUGAAGAGUACUCCACAUCUGUACCUAAUGCUCAUCAAUUGCAUGGGAUACCUAAGAAAAUAAUGAUAGUUAAAAAUGGGGAUACAAGUAUUCAGCAUUUUAUUAUUCUGAACAGGAGAAAUGCUCGGAGUUUGAAAAUAUUUAUAGAGGAAAUUGCAGAGCUCAUGCAGUGUUCUGUAAGGAAACUGUACACUCUGGAUGGAAGGAAGAUUGACAGCAUACAGGCUCUUCUGCAUUGUCCUAGCACACUGGUGUGUGCAGGACCGGAACCUUUUAGACCAUUAGUGUCACAGAACACCCAGCAAUCAUCUGAGAAGUUACCUAACCUUGGUCCUUCCUCAAGGGCAUCUUUUUGCUUAGACCUCCAUGCUUCUAAAAGUAACUCAAAUUUUGGGCUAGAAACAAAGAAGAGCAUUAUCCACCCAAGACCAUUAUCCAGCCAUAGAUCAAUGAGGUUUUCAUUAUCAUCAGAGAAAUCUUUCCCUAAUACGUUUAAUACAUCUUCAAGGAACAGUGAAUCUGCCACAUUUAUGGGCAACUGUCCACAUGGAAAACAUGAAAACUUUACUCAGUCUUUGCAGAAUGAUGACAUAGAAAAGAGUGUACACGUCAACAAGGAUGGAAGCCUGUCUGUACAGAUGAAAGUACGCUUUCGCUUAUUAAAUGACCAGACACUACAGUGGUCCACGGAGAUAAAAAAAUCCAGUCUGAUGAACAAAACUAACUGUGAUAAAACAUAUGUAGGUAAAGAGGGCAGUACAAAUGUAAAACAACAAAUAAAGCCUGAGUUUAAUUCUGAAGUGGAAGACUCAGUCUACUCAUGUGAUGUUGAAGAUUCAUAUUUAGCUAAACUCGCUGAGAAAGAAUUUGAAAAAGAAAUGUAUCAAAGGGGAUGUAGACAGCAUGCAGAAUAUGACAUAUGGAGAAAUCCCUUGCUUGCUACUUACAAUGAAAUGCAUGACCUAGGGAAUAUAAAACAACUGCAGUCAAAAUGCUCCCAUGCAUCUUUACAUAAAAAAGUAGCUUGUGAAAGAGACUCUAUGGACACUGCUUGCACUUCAUCCACUGAAGAAUAUAGAGAGGAGCUGAUGCAACACACAUCUUGCUGCAAUGAAAAUGGAGAGACUAAAGUAGAAUACUGUACUAUCAGCAGAGCAAACAGUCGAGUUGAUACCCACACGAGUUCUUCAAAUGCGGACUCCUGGCAUGAAAGUCGAGCAACAACAGCUAGCUAUCAUAUAUCAACUCUUUCAAGAGGGUGUUCACUCUGCAGUCAUGAAAACUUGAGAAGACGAGUUGAAGAUCAAGAAGCUCUUAAUCAUUCAUCAGACACUUUAAAUUUUGCAGAAAAGUACAAGAGUAGUGCAACACCCGAAGAAGAAGGUUGCUCUAAUUACAAAUGUGGCAGAACUUCUGUAACCUCUUUAAUGCUUUUCAAUGCUCUGGAGGAAGGAAUAGAUGAGAAUAAAGAAGACCGACCUAUAAGUAACAUUUCUGGAUCAUCUCAGCAGUCAGCCUACAGUGAAAAAAAUAGAUAUGAAAGAGAAGAUGAGACACAAUGUGUUACAUCAAGAUGCUCAAGUGUUAGUUCCAAGAAAUUUUUAAACUCUGAGAAGUUUUCACACUCAAGACCUAUUAGUGUUACAUCUAGUUGUCCAAAGAGAAGCAACAAAGCUAGUUACAGUAAUAACUUAGAGAAUUUGGAAGAUGAUAGAAUGUACACACCUGUGUCAAGUUGUUUUGAUUGUGCUCAAAAAGAUAAUGAUGAAGUCAAUGAAAUGAAAGAAAGAGCCUUUUCUUUGGCCUCUUCAGGUAAACGAGUAACUAAAGAAUUGUCUAGAGGUGAAAUGUCCGAGCAUGAAAAAAUACAAUUUUCUAAGUCUAGAGGGUGCAAAAAUAUAAAGAUACAAUCUCUAGAUGAGAGCAAUAAAAGCCUAGUAAGUAGUACUUCACCUUCAAGAACCUCCAAGUACAGUAAACGGCAUCAAACACAAGUGGAACAAAACAGUAACAGUGCAGAAUCAGCAGUCUCUAUUUCACUAGAAGGAUCUAAAGUAAACAGAAAAGAAAUGUUACAUAGGCCUGAAAUAGAAAAUUCAUUUUCUAGAAAUACUUCAGAGUGCUCUAUCAGUUCUUCAGAAAAGGAAAGCAAAGAAUUAUCAGUUAUUAAACUGCAGCAUAUCUGCUCUUCCUUAUCACAAACAUCACCUGUAAGAAGUAAAUGUACAUGCCAUUCUGUGGGGGAUGAUCACGUGCAAGUUAUGAGUAACUCUAAAAAUUGCAAUGCCAUUGUUGUAAGCAGAAAAAGACAGGAACAAUCUGAUAUAAACGAAAGGACCUCACAACCAGACUUGAGCUGUUUUCAGAAAUUACUUGAUGAUGCUGAGCAUGGAAAUGGAAGUGAUACUUCUGAUGUACCACCUUCAAGUGCAUUCAGUCAAUCAGAAGUCUUAAAAGUACCAUGUCAUUGUUUAGCUAAAGGGCAAGAGCCUGUCAGAUGCACACACAGUGUUGAAAGCACAUCUUCCAAACAUAGGAAAUAUGCAAAGGAGGCAAAACCAAUAAUAACUAAGGAAGGUUCAUCUAAGUGCAGAAUAAUACAUCAUAUGAUGCAAAAGGAAAAGGACAAUAGAACUCACAACAGUGAUUUAGAAACUUCAGUUAGGAUGCAAGUUUCUCCACCUUGUUCUUUUCACUUUCCUUCCCCACCAAAAGGAAAGCCUAAUAAUUCCAACAUUAGAUCUGUUCUGCUAAAGUGUUCUUCAGGAAGUAGCAGUAGCACUUCAGUAUGUGAUAAAAGAAAAAUGAAUGACAGUUUAGAGUCAUCUAGACCAGUGAGCUCAGGUUCAAAGUCUAAUCUUUCACAAAAAUUGACUGACAUCAAUAAUAUAGAAAGACCAGAACAAGAGAAUUCCAACAAUAGUAAAGAAAGUACUGAAGAAGUGCUUGGAAACAGUGCACAUAAAAAGAAGAAAAAAGUUAAGGUUUUCGCUGUUGUACCCGAAAGCACUGACAUGUUGUUGCCAUCUGUGUUACCAAAUACAUCUCCUGAGGAUGUAGUAAAUGAGUGGUUGAACAAAAUUCCUCUUGAUGCUGUGUCUAUGAAAUAUGAUCUGGGAGAGGAACAUCAGGCAAACUGUGCAGAAUCAGAAAUUAUGACAAGAGAAUGCCAGGCUAAACAAGAUAUUGUCGUAGAACCAGACAUUCGCACAACAAAGGAUAAUGCAGAACCAACUGCAGACCACCUAACUCAAGGCAUGUCUCUUCUGGAACCAGAAAGUCUAUAUGUGCAGCAUCCAGAACCAAAACCAUGUGAUGCUGACAAUCCAUGUUCUGAUUUAUGUGUAACAGCACUUCAUUUAAAUGAAGAAAAUAGUGCUUUUAAUGGCACACAACAGUACAAUUUUUGUAAUGGAAACCAAAAUAUAAUUCCUGCAACUAUUCAGUUCCCUAUCCAAUUAAUGAAAGCCCUACUUCAUUCUAAAAAGGGCCAAAAACUUGACAGAGUACAUAGCUUGCCAGAAUUAUCCCCUUCUCAGUGUAAAAAGCUGAGUAACUCUGCCGAAGCCCUUUUCACAUGCCUUGCCAAUCUUCAGCUGUUGGAUGAAAAUACCAACCCAACAAGCAACUCAAACAUUAAAGACAUGCCAAAAUACAAAGAACUAUUAAACACGUUUCAGUCAUUUUGUUUAGAACGUAUGACAAAUGAGGAAGAAGGCAUUUUAAAUCAGCAGCUGUUUAACAAUCCUGUUGCAUCUUUUAAAGAGCACAUGUCAACUGAUGAUGAAUGUACACCAAUGUCUUCCUCUGGUAUAGAUGUUAGCAGUGGUUCAGGGGGCUCUGGGCAAGGUAGUGUUGCAGGUAUACUAGAUGGGAAUAUGUUACCAAAGAAUAUGAAGGAAGUGAAUAUUCCAAAAGAAAUGUACUGUAAUACCAACUCAGUAACUGGCAGCUCUUGUUUGGGUAAUGGAAGUCAAAUAAAUGAUGAAGAAAAACAAAGUGUACAUCCUGCAACAGCUUCCUCAACAGUUGAUGACUCAGAUAAAAUUGUUCCAUUUAACUCUUCAGAUCCUUCUACUCCAGACAUAGCAUCACGUGUUCAGUGGAGUGGGAGUCAAAACAGUCAACAGGAGCAGGAUGAUUCUGAUAUGAAUACACAGAUGUUAAAUACCAAUACAGAACAGGCAUCUGGCUCUUUGGCCUUGAAAUAUGAAGAAAUAAAAACAGAUUGUGAUGAAGGUGAUGAAGAUGCAGAUGAUAAGAGUAUUCUGGAAGAAAAUGAAGAUAAGCAAAGUAGAGUUGAUAUAAAUAUGAAUAAUACUGAAAAUGAAGGUGCUACUUAUGUCUGUGCUGACUAUCCCAGUCCAUGUGAAGCAAUUCCAUUAGCUAAUGAUUAUAUGCAGAAAGACACAAAAUGCGACGGUAAAGAAGUAUCUAUUUCAGAUACAAAAUAUAUUUCUUCCACACAGAGACAGUUAUCUGACCCUGACCCUUUAUGGGUAUUAAACCUUUUGAAGAAAAUUGAGAAAGAAUUCAUGGCUCACUAUGCUGAUGUGAUGAAAGAAUUCAAGUUUAGAUGGAAUCUGGAAGAUUGUGACAAAAUUAAUGAAAUGAUUAAUGAUCUCAAUAGUGAGAUUGGGAAAAGAAUCCAGAAAAGUAUUGAAAAGGAAAUAAGGAAAAUAAACAGCAGAGCUGGGACCAAAUUUCCAAGACCUCCAAAAGAACAAUUUAAACGUGAGUCAACCAUUGAAACUGAACAGAGAAGAAGGCGCUUGCAAAAUAUGCAUAACAAAUCUGCUGUUGACAGAUCAAUCUUACAUAAAAAUGGACAGCAAACAACAAAUUAUGAAUCUUCCAGUAAUGAGUUUGAUUCUGUUGUUACUGUAGAGGAAAGGCUGACUAAAGUAAAUGAAGAUGAGUAUUGCCCUUGUGAGACUUGCAUUAAAAGCAAAAAGGCUACCAAAUCACUAAAGAAUGCAUUACCAUCAAAUAUUCCUGUAAUGGAAGAAUUUGACUUACAACGGAUUCUUAAGAUGAAAGUGGAUCAACUUACUCUGUUAGAAAAUGACGUUAAUGCUGAAAUUCAGCAAGAUGGUGGAAACAGUGAAAAUGAACUUAAUCACUUAGAUGCAGUUAAUCAAGACGGUGAAGAGGAUGCAGAGACUAGAGAAAGCUCAUAUGAGCCUACAGAUUUUGUAACUUCUAAUGAAGAAAUUCUAGACAGUGAGAUUGGAACUCAGUCUCAAAAUGAAAUCAUUGAUGGAGGGGAGACCGACUCUCUAAGUAAUCAGACUGAACAGAAAAUUCUUGAUGCAGAUUGUGAAGUACAUGACAAUUUAUUAGUAAGUGAGGAAAAUGAAGAGCUGAAAGAAGAUAGGGAUGCAGAUGAGGUUGCUGAUGCUGAGGUGGGUGGUACAGAGAAGGCAAAUGACUCCAGCUGGCAGGAGAAACUUAAUAUUAAUGAAAUGGAUUUAGAAGAACAUGUCAUUAUUUCAAAUACUCACAGUGAAAAUGAUGAAGCACAGAGUAACAUAAAUGAAGCUAUUUCAGAGUUGGCUGAGACAAGCAGUGAAUUGCAGGACCAGACAGAAGUGGUUAAUAAUGAAAUAAGUAAUAAUGAAUCUUUACAAUAUGCGAGAGAAGAAGACACUAUGACUAAUUCUGCUGUUGUGGAAACUAAAAACAGUAACUCAUCCAAUGAACAAGACAUUGAAGAUGAGCUUUCUGAUUCUUCAGCUAAGACUGUGUUGGACACAGAUGAUGCAAAGGAUGAUGACAAUGACAAGAUGGAGGAUGGAUCUGCACCUCAAAAAGCAGUUUGUCCCACCACUUUUUCUUUCAAAAGCUGCUCAGUGAAGUCACAAGUAGGUUCAGGAGGCACAGAUACAGCAGAAGAAAACAAUGACGACCAUCCUAUUAAUGGAAUCUCAGAAGCAUCAGAUAGUAAAUUUACUACAAUGUACCCAGACAAUACUUCUGAAGAUGAGGAUAAGGACUCAUUAUGUAGUAGUCAUGAGCAGGAUUCAAAGAAGGCAAAUGUAUCAUUAGAAUCCAGUCCAAAUGAGCAUGAGAACAGCAAUACUAAUGUAAAUAAUGCUGCUGAGCCCAGUAAAAGUGAUUUAGAUCAGGAUGAUUUUGAUUUUUAGAAAUGUCAAUAUG